UCGUAACCUACAAAGUACGAUCCAAUCAUUAAGUGAUAAUUUAAAUGAAAAGUUUACAAAUUUACCUGAGAUCCUCAAUAUGAUACGAGGAAUUGCUGGAUCUAAGGGUUUCAAUUCGGAUGAUGAUACCAGAUUUUGUUUGUCUGAUAAUGAAAUUGGACUUUCUUCUCCAAAUGGGUUAAAUUUUGAUUCUCUUCCUUCUAGAGUUUCACUGACUCAAAGACUGGCCUAUCCAUAUCAGUUCAAAAAUAGUAUUACUUCACCAGUUAAUGGAUUAAAUUCAACAGUUAGUCAACAACAGUUAAUCUCAGUGGAUUAUGAUGACAUUUGUACCGAAUCAGAAGUUCUUAGUGUUGCUUCAACAAGUGCUCGAGUUCGUAAACCUCGAAAAAUCAAGUUGAAUCAAGGUUCCGGGCAAAUAAAUAAUGGUGAUCUACCAGUUUCAAUUAAUGGCUCCGGCUCUCGUCUUGCCAACUCCAAUUGGAUUAAUUUAAUCUUUGAACAGGCUAAAAGUGGAAACCUUCCUCUUCUGAAACAAAACCUUCAAGGUAUAACGACUUGCCUGAUAUCAAAUUUGUGUGAUGAAAAGGGUAAUACUCUUUGGCAUGUAACAGCUCGUUACAACCACAUGCCAUGUUUACGAUGGCUUUGCUUUUUGCCUGAUGGACAGGAGCCACUUCUAAUACGAAAUUAUCAAAAUUUACUUCCAGUUGAAUCAGCAAUCAAGAAUGGCUCUUUUGAAGUUGUCCAAUGGCUUAUUAAAGCAACUGUUGUUAACAAAAUGGUUCUUGAAAGUGAACCCGGUGAGAGAACUCUUCUUCAUUUUACUGCAAAAUGCGGACAGGAAGAAAUAUUGAAUUGGCUUGUUGGAUUCAUGAUAUUCAAUGGUGUAGAUAUUAAUCAACGUGAUAUGCAAGGAAAUACUGCGCUCCAUUUUGCAGCCAAGUUUAACCAAACAUCUUCCUUCAAAAUAUUAGUUAUGAACAAUGGAGAUCUGAAAGCUCGAAAUAAAAUGCGUUUAAGGCCAAUUGAUAUCGCUAAAAUGAAUGGCUUUAAGGACUGCGUCAAUUAUUUAGCGGCUCUUGAGGCCUGCCUUUCACUUGCAGAGGAAAACAUAGCUCUUGAAACUGAAUUGUUGCAUUAUGGAGCUGAAUUUACUGAGCUGGAGAAGUGUUUUAGUGAACUUUUACAGCUAUCAAAAUCGGAUAAAGUUCAAAUGCAAGGAUAUUUUGGUUCGGUUGUUGAGUCAAUUGAACGCAAGUGGAAGCGAUGCAAAGCCAAGAGCAUUGGUAUUCGUGGGGUUGCCAAACAAAGUCCACUCGAUGUUUUUCAGUCUCAUUUUUCACGAGUUUUAACUAAUGGUGGACUUGCCGAUCGCCAUAUAUCUAAUCAACCAAUUGGAAAUACCAGAAACUCUCGAGAAAAUAUUUUACUUCACAAUCAAAGCUCAUACAAUCAAACAUCUCAUCAUAUUAACAAUCAGUUGAACCAACAUCGUUUUUAUAACAGCCAUCUUAAUAAUUCAGAUAACAUUGUCACAACGGAUAGCAAUGGUUAUACUCAUACGUAUUCCGAUCCUUUUGUUAAAUUAAAUAAUAGCCAUUAUGCUGUUUCAUCAUCGGUUGAUGCUGAUUAUGCUGUUCCAUGUAAAACUCGGACAAGUAAAUGUAAAAAUGGAAUGAAUAAGAAUGACGAGGCUAGAGGUGAAGAUCAUAGAGGGUUAAAGCAAAGAGGGCAACCUGAAGGGUCGUCAGUUUCAUCAGUUUACCCUCAAUCAUCGAGCAUUUAUGAAUCUUUUAAACGUCCAUCAGUUGAAAAUGGUGCUGAUGACUUUGGUGUGAUUGAUGUUGAUGAAGAUGAUGAUGAUGAAUUAUCAGGUUAUAGUAGUCUUAAACUUAGACCUGAAAUUCACACUGCAUCUGGAAAUAAAGAUUGUCUUCCUUCAAAUAGGACGAUUGACGGUUCUCCAUCUGAUCACAGUCACCAAACCAAAUCUCCUGAAACAACUACUAGUGAUGAAAGAGGCAGUAAAGUUGACGAGGAAGCUGAUGAUGAAUCGGAAUCUAAAUCAAGUCCUUCUAGAAGUAGUUUAGGAUCCAAAGAGAGUCGAGGUUCAAUUGGAAACACUGAACUCUCUGAGGUUGAAUCAAAGAUAUCGGAAAGCUCAAUGAUUGGUUCAGUUUCAAUGAAGGAAAAUGACUCUGGUGUUGGUGAAAUGGAUUCUAAUUCUGGUUCUCGAAAGCGAGGAUUUCUUCAUAAAUUUUCACUCCGUAAAUGGACCUCAUCAUCUCCCUCGAAGCCAAAAAAGAGCUACUCAAAGGAGACGCUUCUUCGUUCAAAUGUUUCAAAUGAAAAUUUGAAUGGAGUUAACGAAAUUUCAAGUAAAACGUUAAAAUCAGGUGUCAAAAGUGGUAACAAUGAUUGGUGGCCGGGCGAUUCUAGUCACGAAAUACAUGGUAAAGAUACUAAUGGUCACAAUGAUUCCAGUGAACCUUUAAUGGAACCUCAGUCAGACAAACAAUUAUCAUCAUCCAACAAUUAUGUGACAAUUAACAAUUCUACCUCGUCAACUAAAGAAGAAACUGAUUUUCCUAGUUCCUCAAAACAAAAUUCAUCCUCCGGUUCAAGUGCCAAUAAUUAUUUCAAAAACAAUGAGAUCAAGGAUAAUCCUUAUCAACCUAAAGUUUCCUGUAAAAAUGCUGAUAAAUCAAAAGCAUCUUUAAACACAGUUAAGCUUAAUUACAGUCGAUUAAAAGAUGACAAGAUACGCUCAGUAUCAAUGGAAGCUCUUGAUGUUUAUCCAGCAACUGAAUCUCAACUUACUCUAAAUAACUCAUUGCCAGGUGCCAAUGAUGUCCACAAAAGUGCCAAUCACAUUUCAUUUGACAAUUCAAAAAUUAAAAUAAGCUCAAUUUUAAAGGGAUCAAAAUUAGCUGCUGAAUCAAUAUCAAAAACUGAUAAAAACGUUGAUAACCUGGAAGUCAAUGACAGGCAAAGCCAUUAUAAUCAACAUCAAAUAGCGUCAACUCAAGCCAUCUCUACAACUUCAGUAUCACUUGUAUCCUAUGAAUCACCUGUGACUUUAACCUCUGCUCAAAGCGUUCCAAUCUUAUCCAAUAGCGUCUAUGGUGUUAAACAUGUAAAGAAAGCUAAAAUCAAGGAGCUUUCACCUUUAACCUACGAUGAACCAUUAUCUUUACCCUCAACCAGUACCUCAAAUCCAUCAUCGCCUAAAUUUAUAGAAAGCCGCAAAAAAAUGUUUGAAAAAGGGCCGGGUAAUAAAAAUGCGAGGGGAUUUCGCCGGCGAAGGAAUGGCAGUCGAGCUUGGUAUGAUGUUUCAGAUGAUGAAGAUGGUCUCGUCUCUCAAAAGAUCAAUAGAGACACCGUAAAUGAGGAACAAGAAUUAGUCGAAUAAUCUUGUUCUGAUUGCUAUAAUCAAGAUGUUUCAACCUGCCUUGAUAUUUAUUAAUACAAGCAAAGGAAAAUUAAAUGGAAUAUAAAUAACUCCAUUUGAAAUUAUUACUUCUCAACGAUUUAUCUCGUUCUUUUGAAAUGGAAUUGAGAAUAUCGCUUAGCAAUUUUAAAAUUUUUCAACAUUACAUGUGGAUCAACUCAACAAUUUAAAGUUUUAUUUUUUCAUCAACUUCCCUUUGCAACUUUUCAUGUUUCCAAAUUUUAAUAAGUUUAUAUUUGGAAUAUUUUUUGGUCUAAAUCUCAAUUCUUUGUCCUUAAUCAAUUCAUCCCGGUGAAAAGACAAAGAAUGCUCCAAUCAUUGCAAGAAAAAUUCCAAACUCACAAUUUUCAUUAACAAAUGUAUAUAACUCGUUUUAAUGUCUUACUGCCAGCAUAAUCGUUGGAAUAUUUUCAUUGCGAUGAACUAAUGAUUAUUGAAUGAAAUAAAAAUUUGUUGUAA